CACCACUCGAGUGCCAAAAACGAUUGCAAACACACAUCCAUUCACUCAUUCACUCAUUCACUCCAUACAUACACACAGACUGUGUUGUGCGUCAACAGUGAUUGAACCAACACAUCAUCACCACUAUCACCACAAACACGUCCAACAGGUCUAACACGUGCACCCGAUCCCUGCACAGAGGAAUGGCAUCUUCGCAACCGAGACAGAACUUUGCGGCCGAAGUGGAGGCGUCUGUGAACAAGCAGAUCAAUCUGGAGCUGUACGCCUCCUACUGCUACCUGUCGAUGGCCUACUACUUCGACAGGGAUGAUGUGGCACUUCCCGGCUUCUAUAAGUUCUUCAGCAGACAGUCCGACGAGGAGAGGGGUCACGCCUCCCGUCUCAUGAAGUACCAGAACAAGAGGGGCGGAAGGAUUGUCCUCCAGAAUGUCAAUAAGCCAUCGCUGGACGACUGGGGCAGUGGUAUCGACGCCAUGCAGGCGGCCCUACAGCUCGAGAAGACUGUCAAUCAGUCGCUUCUCGAUCUCCAUAAGCUGGCCGGCAGUCAUGGGGACGCACAGAUGUGUGACUUCUUGGAGAGCGAGUUCCUCACAGAACAGGUGGACUCCAUAAAGCAGUUCUCGGAUUACGUGACUAAUUUGAAACGUGUUGGCUCUGGUCUCGGGGAGUAUAUGUUCGACAAGGAGACCCUCAAAGGGGCCACCGAUUAGGACACCCACACCUCCCGUUCCACUCAACUGCCAUUCAAUCGCAACACUGCCAUUGAAUACUUAAUAGCACGACGGAACCACUCAAUGAUUAUUUUCUAUACAAACCUUGAAUUACAUUCAAAACAACAAAUCAAAGGCUUAACUAUAUCUCUAAAUAUCUCUCAA